GGUCAAAAUCUGAACUAAAGAAUAGAAUAGAAGAAUUUAAGAAGAUGAGUUCAAAAACAGAUGCUAAAAAAUCUGAAAAUGGAUCAUCCCCUACAGAUGGAGAAUAUCCUCAUUGGAUGAGUUUUAAACCGGGAGAUGAUCAGGUUCAACCAAUCAAACUACAGGUCAAAGGUACAAUCCCAACCUGGGUUAAAGGUUCACUCUUUAGAAAUGGAUCUGGUUUAUUUGAAAUAAACAAUAAAAAAGUUAACCAUGUUUUUGAUGGAUUCGCUGUACUCCUCAGAUUCACAAUCCAAGAUGGUGGAGUAAUGUUUCAGAGUCAUUUACUGGAUAGUGAGACAUGGGAGAAGUGUUAUAAAGCCAAUCGUAUUGUUGUUGAUCAGUUUGCUUCUAAUGCUCUUCCAGAUCCUUGUAAAAGUAUUUUCUCUAGGAUAUUCUCCCUAUUUCAACCACCAGAAAGAACAGAUAAUACAGCUGUGAAUAUUGUGGAAAGAGGAGAUGAAUUAUGGGCCUUUACAGAAACUCCCAAAAUGAACAGAGUUGAUCCUAAAACUCUAUCGAAAUCUGGGCAGAACGAUUUAACUGACUAUUUAGCAGUUCAUCUUUCCACUGCCCACCCUCAUCUAGAGCCAGAUGGAACUCUGUAUAACCUUGCUACUUGCUUCAAUUAUACUAAAGCCUUCAAUAUUGUCAAAAUACCACCCAAUUCUAAUGGUAAUUUAAGCUGGGAUCAGAUGGAAGUAGUAGGAAGUUUUCCAUCAAGAUGGAAAGGAACUAUGGGAUACAAUCAUAGUUUUGGCAUGGCAGAAAACUUUUUCGUUGUCCUGGAACAACCCUAUGCUUUCAGUGUACUGCGGUUGCUAUUUAAAAAGUUAGUUAAUUAUACAGUCAAUGAUUGUAUAGUGGCUUAUCCACAGGAAAAGACUUUAUUCAAUGUGAUGACCAAAUCAGGAGUACAUCUAAAAACUAAAUACAUGUCCGAUCCGCUGUUUGUAUUCCAUUUUAUCAACUGUUAUGAGAAAAACAAACAGCUGGUGGUGGAUUUUGUAUUUUAUGAUGAUGUUGGCUUCGUAGACAAAUUGUAUAUGGAGCAUUAUAAAGACUAUAAAUAUAAAGAAACAGAUUCUAAACCUAAAUUUGGAAGAUUUGUUUUACCCCUGGAUGUUUCAAAAGUAAUGGUUGGUAAGAAUUUGGUGACAUUGGACAUUAAAGCUACAGCUACACUACAAGAAGAUGGUAGUGUUUACCUGACACCAGAUUUGAUCAUAGAAGAGGGUUUGUUUAUGGAACUUCCACAAAUAAAUUAUCAACAUUACAACUCCAAAGAAUAUCGCUAUGUUUACGCUUCUACUAUAUUUUCUAAAUACAAUAAGAUCCAUAAACUAGAUUUAAAAGAGCGUAAAGUGAUAACGUAUACAUCUGAUGGUGAAGAGUUUGAUUAUUUCCCAGGGGAACCGAUAUUCGUACCCAAACCUGGUGGUAAGAGAGAAGAUGAAGGUGUAUUGCUGGCACCUAUAAUGUCCAACAUUGCUGGGCUGGCCUCCUACCUGGUUAUUAUUGAUGCUGAGACAAUGAAGGAAUUGGCUCGUGCCGUUUUACCAGCUGAUGUCAUGAUGACCUUAACAUUCCAUGGUACAUUCUCUACUACCAAAUUAUAAACUACUGUAAUCCAAAACUAUCACAUUUCCAUAUAUUCUCUUGUGAAAUUUGAAAUAAAAACAAUUCCCUCCCAGAAAUUUAAUAAUCAAAUGACUCACUCUAUGCAUUUUUCAGAGGGUUUGCAGAAUUUAUAUGUUUUAUUAUUAAGGGUCUACAGCAUGGGUUUUGAUAAAUCUUAUUUACUAUGUAUGAAGUAUGAUGAAUUGGGGUGUGGUUUGAUCAUGAUGCAGCUUGUCUUGCUAUUUUAUUAUAAUACAAUAUGUAUAUGAAUCUGUCCAUCUCAAACACAUUUAAUUCUUAUAUAUUUUAACUAAUUGUUAAUCAAAAUAUUGUGAAAAUUAUAUGUUGUUUUUUCAUGUUAUACGUUAUAACUAUGGUUGUUCGUAUGGGCUGAAUGUUAGACUUGCCUAUGUCACUUUGAUGAAAUGGACCUAAUUCUUACUCCAUGCAAAAUGUAGAGUCUAUGUUUGUCCCCAUGAAUGUUAGACAGGGCCAUGUCACUUUGAUGUAAUAAAGCUAAUUAUGAUAAAUGUAAAAUAUAGAGUUUAUUAUUGUUAUAAUUAUGAGGAAAUGAAAUUGUUAUAUGAAAAAUCAAAGAAAUCACCAAUGAGCUAAAAAUCAAGAAUUGUUUAUUCUCCUUUCGUGUACUAACAUGUGAUUUGUGUUUAUUAUUUUUUUGUUAUUAAAGCUAUUGUUGUGACUAAUUUAUAGACUGUUCUAAAAAUAUUUAUAUUGUUAUAAAAUAAAAGUUGUGAAAUUUAAAAGAAAAAUUUAAAACACCCGUCCAUUGGACUUCGGGCCUUGUCUUGGACAAGACACACACAGGUUCUCAAGGAUUGUGGCAUGACUUGUCUUAUAUUAUAGCAGGCUAUCAUUUGACUUUUUAAUCGUAGAUAUAUAAUUUCUCUGUAUAUUAUUAUUAUUUGGAGGGUGAUUUAACGUUCAAUACCAUUAAUUUUAUAAUCUACAAUGUGUUCAAUUUCAAUAUCUACCAUUGACUG